AAACUUUUUUUUUUCAUUCUUCCAAUCUUUUUUUUUCUUCCCAAUUGCAUUCGUCUCUCUUGAAACAAUUUUCGGUUUAUCGGAAAAUCUAUUUUUGCGGGAUUGUUUCCUGUUUUAACGGUUAAAAAAGUUUUUUUUAAUUGAAUUCAAAUAAUUUUCUACUGGAUUUCAAUGGGUUUUUUUUGUCUCCUCUUGAAAAGGAACGUUUUUGUGAUCUGGGUCUAUGCUAUUCUUGGGUUUUACCAUGUUUUAUUUCAUGGGUUUUGCUGAUUUGAAUAUUCAUCAACAUCAUCAUUUAUCACCCCAACAAACAAAGUUUGUUGCAUCGUGUUCGUUGUAGAACAAGUAGUAGUAGGUAGCUAUUGCGGUUUUUAUUCAUUUGAUGGAGGAUAUGAAUUAAGAAUCUACAUGUAAGAUUGAUUGAUGAAGAUGGAGAAAUACCCGAGAGAUCUGUUAGAGAGACUCUUUGUUUCAAGUGGUGGAAGUGAUAACAAUAAUCAUAACCCAACAACAACAACAACAACAUCAGAACAACAUCAUCGUCAACAGUAUCGUCAAUAUCUUAGUCAGAACCAGCAUGGUGAACAAGAAGAGGAGGAAGAAGAGGAUGAAGAUGAAGGGAUUGAACUGAAUCUUGGUCUUUCUUUAGGAGGUAGAUUUGGUGUUGACAAGCAUGCUAAGAAUAAGAAACUUAUUCGAUCUUCUUCCGUUGUUGGAACAAUGCCUUUGCUCCGGGAAGAUAUUGCGGCGGCCGCCGGAGUGGCUUCGCCAACUCCGGCAUAUCCGACUCUCGUGAGAGCUUCGUCGUUACCGACGGAGACAGAAGAGGAGUGGCGGAAGAGGAAGGAGUUGCAGACGCUGCGGAGGAUGGAGGCUAAGAGACGGAGGUCAGAGAAGCAGAGAGUUUUCGUUUCAAAGUCAGAGAAAGAUUCCAUUUCCACUGUGGCACCUACAGGUGGUGGUGGAGGUGGUUGUAUAGAGGAAGUAGAGGGUGCUAAUGUUAGUGCAAGUGCAACAAUGGUGUUGAACAGAUCAACCGCUGCUAGUAGUACUAUGCCACCUUUUGGAUUACCGAAUUGGGCUGUUGCAUCAAAGCAAGUUGUUCUUGGUGAUGUGCUAGGGAGAGGGAAAAUUGGGGUUGGUUUUCAAGGAUUGAUGUUUUCACAACCAUCUUCUCAAGGUUCAGUAGAAUCACAAGGUGGAAGUUCUUCAUCAGUGUCUGAAAUGGAUAGCAAACCUUUUCUAGGAUCAAGCAGUUGUGGCGAAGCAAGAAGCCCAGCUAGUAAUCAGUCCUUACAGGAAAGAAGCAACCAGGACUCCGUCGGUUCAUCAGGAGUGCCAAAGCCGAAAGAUAAUUUGACAAGAACAAGUUCGAGAUCCGAGGUAAUGGAGAGUGCAUCUAAAAAGCCUCAUCCCACUCAAAAUAUUGGGAAGGAAAUUGGAACAAACUCAAUGGAAGACAUGCCUUGUGUAUUUACGAAAGGGUGUGGUCCUAAUGGAAGAAGAAUUGAGGGAAUCUUAUAUAAAUAUGGCAAAGGGGAAGAAGUGAGGAUAAUGUGUGUGUGCCAUGGAAACUUUCUGUCUCCAGCUGAGUUUGUUAAGCAUGCUGGUGGUGAAGAUGUUGCUCACCCUCUUAGACAUAUUGUUGUUAACCCAUCUCCUGCCCCCUUUUUGUGAUGAUUGGAGUCCCUUCAAAGCCGUCUCACAUUUUUGAAGGUUCUGAUCAGAUAAGAGAGACUCCAUUUGACUAUGGUUUAAACGUGAUAAAUAUUUUAUGAAGUCUUAUUUAAUCAAAUUUAAUCGUUAUAGAUUUCGAAUCAUAGUCAGUCUUCCACGUCUUCAAAAAUGGCCUUGACAUCCACAACAGGGAUGUGUAAUAUAUUCAUUGUUGAAGAGAACGAAUAUGUUAAAUUAGUUUGAUAGUUUCUUCUUUAGUAUUUCUGUUUUUCUUUUGGAUAAAGUCUUGAGGAUUAAUGAAACAAUGUUAUAUAGAGUCAAUUGAUUCCCUUAUGAAA